AUGGGUGACUCACUGGCCCAGUCGUCCCGCAUACCGAUAUGGCUAGACUGUGAUCCAGGUCAUGAUAGGCUCAUUGCCAGUUUUCAGGAUGCCUGUGCCAUUCUUCUAUCCGUCUAUCACCCGGCUUUGCAACUUCUAGGAAUCAGCACGACCCACGGCAAUGCUCCGCUGUCUAAGACGACAUUGAACACCUUGAGCAUCCUGGAGGCCAUCGGCCAACCACAAAUACCAGUGCUGCCAGGGGCAUCCCGACCGUUCUGUCGCAAUGUUCAGCCCGCGACGGAUAUCCACGGCGAGAGUGGCCUGGAGGGCACACACCUGCUCCCUGUUCCCCGGCGCAAGCCUCUCAGUCACUGUAAUGCCAUCAAGGAAAUGCACGAUGCAUUGAUAUCAACUCCGGUCAACACGGCCUGGGUGGUCGCCACGGGGCCCUGCACGAACACCGCGCUGCUCUUCGCCACCUACCCACACCUUGCCUCUCAUGUGAGAGGCGUAAGCAUAAUGGGUGGUGCAGUCGGCUCGCACUACACAUCCGUAUCGAUGGGGCCGGACUACGUCGACUCCAAGGGCCAGUCUCACGUACGCAGUGGAAACAUCACACCAUUUGCAGAAUUCAACAUCUGGGCAGACCCCGAAUCAGCAAGGAGCGUGUUCACAAAUCCAAUCCUACGAUCCAAGACCGUCUUAAUCCCUCUGGACUUGACUCACCAAGCAUACGCAACACCGGAGAUUCAAGAGAUGCUCUUGAAUGGCAUCCAAGGCCCCACGCGCCUCAGAACCAUGUUCAACGAACUACUCAUGUUCUUUGCGAAGACGUAUUCUGAAGUCUUUGGCCUAAAUGAGGGGCCGCCCUUACAUGAUCCGCUGGCUGUGGCGGUAUUGCUAGCUGAUCAUCCUGAUAGCGGUUUCAAGGUCCCGUUCGAUGACCAUGGUGGCGAGCGUUGGAUCGUAGAUGUCGUGUUGGAAGGAGAGCAGAUUGGUAGAACUGUGGUUGUGCAAGCAAAUGACGGUGAUGGUGUUAGAAUUCCUAGAUCGUUGGACUUGGCUCGUUUCUGGGAAGUUUUGAAUUCAUGCAUGGGAAAAGCGGAUGCUGCGACGAGUUAUGUCAAAUAG